ACAAGUUAAAACUAUUUCUUUUAAUACCAAGCCUUAAUGAUGCCUAGUUAAAAGCUCAGGCUUAGUGAGAGACAUUUAUUGUACUGGUAACUGAAAAUAAAAUUUAAAAAGGACCACUACCCCAUUGUGGGUUCAAGGCAAAUCCACAAGAGGUCAUGAGCUCGUGGUAACCGUAACGCAGCGUAAAGGCUGAGAAAACUACUGGCAGGACCCAGGCGCAAUACUUAACUGCAUUUGAAUUUCUUGGUCGGCAAUGACCCAAAUGAGCGACACGUAUGUGCUCGUGACCGAGGUGCCUGUGUCUGCUGUUCCUAUGGACACUUCUGUGCACGUGACCGAGGUGCCCUAUUUCCGUGCAGAAGCUCAGUUCGAGGAGCCAAAAGAUGAUCUUGAACAACUACAUGACCCGUGUCGUCAACCGGAACCGGGAGAAGACUAUGCCAAAAGAUCUGCGGACAUGGAGUUUGGGCUGAAGACAGACAAUCUACCCGAGGGGUUCUACCGAAAAGAAGUCAAGGUCGGUGGUAGGCGCCAUCUCAUCUUCGCCACUGACGAGCAAAUAAAUUUCCUGAAGAGGUCGAGACGAUGGUAUUUAUACAGUACUUUAAAGGUUGUGAAAGCGCCCUUCACAAGUCUUCUAUCCAUCCAUGCGAUUGUACGACGUGCUGACCAUGCAACGCAGCUACUCCUGGCGUUUGUCUGCAUGUCCACAGGAUUACGUCCGUGUCAUUCAGGCUGUCGGUCGUAUGGUUGGCGGUGAAGUAGUUGUUGAUGACUUAAUUCGUCGUUGAUUUCGAGGAUGGUUUAUGGGCAGCUAUCCGAGAUGUUAACAUGUUAUCUACGUCUCUGAUAGAGCAUUUCUAAUGUUCUUUUGGGUUAAAUUGCGACAGAAAACUAAUGAAGAAUUAUUCAUCUGCAUACUAGCAGAUGUACUAGUAUGUCCCGACAAUCUCCCCAUCGCGCUCGGUUAACAUAAACAUCUGCUUAUCUGGUCUUCACUGUAUUUAAGAAAAUAAGAAAGAAUUGAUCGCUAUCUGUUUGCGUCAAGUGAACGUGAAAUAAGGUACUUGCGAUGAAGAUCUAAUGUACCCGUACCAAUCUGUGCCCAGACAAUUACAUUUGGUCCUUUUAGUUUGUAAUGGCAGCAGUUAGUCCAUAUAUACCUUCCAACAUUAAACCGUACUGAGUGAGGAUAGAGUUGUAUUUUGUAGCGAAGUAAUGCUAUCCUAUUAAUCUGCUCCAUUACAGUAUUCAUAUGAACCCUUUGAACGAUUUUAGUUGUAAAUUAAGUGUUGAUAAAAUUGAUUGCGUCGAUUAUAUUCUUGUGCGUGUUGUAUUUCUCGUAAAUACUAAAUUACUAUAUACAGCUGAAACAUAUUAAGCGUAUUUCAAAUAAGGACACAGUUUAACUUCAGCGGUAUCAGCAGGAGAUAAGCGUCAUUACAUCACGCGGCAGAGAACAACAUUACCAAACAGUGAGACUAAAAAAUGUUCCAGACGAGACACUAAUAAAUAAUGAAUGGAAUGGGAUAAUGGGAUCACCGCAUAUAUGAAUGGUCAAUGCAAAGUAUGGGGAAGUAAACCGGUUUUUAGGAGUUCAAUGCAUCACACUUGGCCCAGAAUUAUUUGCUUAAACAAUUGUAGAUACACGAUUAUUUUUAACAAGCAAAAAUAUAAACAUUUUUAUUCAUAUAACAGUUUAAUAAUUGAUGCCUGGAUAUAAAGCUUAAUCUAUAUUUCUACACAAAUUACAUUCUCACAAUUUAUCAUUUCCUAAUCUCCCUUUUCAUAAAGAUUACCUGACAAAUUUGUAGUAGAUAUUUACUACAAUAAUCAUUGAUCCUUACUUAUGCAACGUGAUAUCUUUUAAAUAGUAUAUACAUGUGGCUGGUUUUCAUAAAGGUAAAUAACAUGCAAAACAAGAUCGUAUUCAUUGUAAGAACGACUGUUUACGUCACUUGUAAUGAAUUCGUAGGCUAAAUUAUAAAAUUGUAUAAUCUUUGAUUGUAGACGUUUAAAAAAUAAAAUCAUCAGACUCGGGUUUAAAAGACUUUCUCGCUUUCGGUGGCUUAUAGGCAUGAAAUAUAUAAACAUCGUUAUCGUCAGAAAACGUAUAUUCAUUUUAUAUGCUCAAGAACAAAAGUAAUCCGUUCUCUAAGAGAAGUUUUAUAAGAAAACCAUAGCUCAUAAAUCCACGCAAUUCGAUAUCCAUGUUUCAAUUAAAAACAAAAUGCCAUCGCCACCUUACUUUCUACGGGGUCUGGUGAUGUUGCUUGUUUUAAGCCAAUUCUUUUGACACCCACACUUUGAUAGGAUUGGCUCCUGGUUGCUUGGUCUCUAUGGUUAAUGACAAGAACAUAUACGACGAAAUCAAUGUAAAAAGCUGAACCUAUAAGACCUCAAUCUAACCAUAAAGCUACAUUCGAUGGUUGUUUUGACACAUAUUAAUAGGUAAUUAAUAUUCAUUAGUUCUCCUUCGCAAUUAAAGCAGUAUAAGAACCUUCGAAAAGUGUACGCACGCUUACGAAUAAGUCAAUAUAGACCAUGUAAGCACCUUCUAUGUGUUGACUGGACGCAGAGUGAAAAGGUUCAUUUACGUAUGGAAUGCAAUUAAGAUCGAACAAGCACAUAAGACUGUUAAUUAGGCGCAGAUAAAUACAUGUCCAUCACUAAAAAAUUUCGAAUUUAUCCGAAUGUGCGAUAUGUGACCUAUUUCCGGACAUAAAUGUGUAUGGGCCCCAUAACUCUUCAACGUUUUUUAAACCCGUAUAAGAAUCCGAGGAGAUUGUGCGGACACAGGCAAAUAUCAUUUUAUUCUGCAAAUAAAUUAAGACAGUAUAAGAUAAAUAGAAGUACAUCAUUUAUAAAAACCAAAUCUAACCGUAUACCGGUAAGAAAGAUGCUGACGUUGUCUGAACGCAUAUGAAGCGAGGUUUACUUGUUAUUUGAUGCAACAAGAGAGCAUAAAUAACCUCAAUGUGUUGACUCGGCGCAGAUUGAUAGGUUUCCAUAAGUUCACUUACACCAAUGUAGAGAUUCUCGGUACUCAGAUGAGUAUAGAUCAAUUACAUAUACACUGAAAAUAUUAACGUUUAAGUCACUAUUAAGAAUAAAAAGUGUUGAUUACUUUUGUAAUACAACAGCGGCAACAAAAAAAACUUAUGGAAAAAUCUUAACCUAGACUAAUAGGGCUUCAUAACAUCCACAACUCAAUCGAAAUUGAGCCGCAAAGUAAGCACAUAGCAAUGUUCAUGACGUAAUACACAAUUUGACCCUAUCAUUCUGCAUUCAAUGCGAUGGCAGCAAACUAUAAAUAGAUUGAAAUGUAACUACGUAAGGAAGUACAUUCGUUACUAGUCUGCAUGAUGCUAACCCUUAUGCAUUCUAUACAUAGAUGGUGACGUCACUACGUUAUUGUCAGUAAAGACCGGUGUGACACAAUGAACCCUUAUGUUUACUAUGUUUCAGUUGGUCGUUGUCGGCUAAGGUACGCCGGGUGGGUUUAAGUAAACUACAAUAUACCCCGGGCGUAACCGUCGCUUCACUGUCACCCAUGGGAUAGCAGUAAUACAGAGUAUUGGGUUGGAGUCUAGUAAAGAAGGCUGAAUUGAAGAUUUACCUGCCAUUAUAAGGCAGACAAUAAAGUUUAUGUAUCGUAUAUUUUACACAAUUUUGUGUGUAAACAACGUAUUUUUGCAGUAAACUUAACGAUGAUACAUGCAAUUCAUUUCCAUUACCGUUGUUUUAUAUGUGCAAGUAAUAUAAGAAAAGAAAUAAACAUAUUAUCAAAACACAUGCGCUAGCGUAAACAUCAUAUACUACUUUUAAUUCAUUUACCUUUAUUAUUUGUUAAUUAUGAUUAGUAUAAGUGGUACACAAUUCCAGCAAGUAUGUCCCUCCGUAUCCAGACUAGAAUGAUGCAAUAUUUAGUAUUGUAAUGAAAUACGGCCUAAAUUUUAUUAUAAUACUAUUAAUACUAUUACAUCAUUCUUGGCAGCACACAACACCGUUUACAGGUCGAUUUAAUUUGAAAUCAAUACCCAUGUACUCGUAUUUUCACUA